AUGGGCCACCAGGGAAUCGACAAAGUAUAUCAGAGGAUCCUGAAGCACUUUGAGUGGCCUGGAAUGAAAAAAGGCAUGCAAGAAGUGGGUAACAGCAUGUCUGUUAUGCCAACAGGCGAAGAAUCCAAAAAAAUGCGAUUUCCUUUGCAGUCAAUCGAGUCGUCUGAAUUCAACGAGGUGGUGCAGCUUGAUCACCAAAAGAUAUGUAUCACAGACAGUGGUUACGAUCAAGUUUUGGUCAUGAUAGAUCACUUCACGAAGUAUGCAGAGGCCGUGCCCUGCAUAACUGCCUCAGCGGAAGAGACGUGCAAUCACCUGAUAAAUACGUGGAUUGCGAGACAUGGUUGUCCGAUGACAUUUCAAUCGGAUAAUGAAACAGCUUUUGUGGGGGAACUCACGAAAGAGUUUAUGAGACGCUCACAGGUUGCUCAAGCUCACUCCACGACAUACCAUCCCCAGAAGAAUGGCUUAGUAGAAAGGCAGAAUCGAACCUUAGUAUCGUUGCUGAGGGCAUAUUGCUCCAGGUACAUGACCGAUUGGGACAAAUACCUUCCACAAGUGAUGGGGGCUUAUAACAGCACACAAAAUUCCACCACCGGAGUUAGUCCACACAUGAUGCUAACCGGACACGAGAAACUGGAUACUGGUCGAGCCGCUCAUUACGAAAACACUAGGCCACACAACCCCUCGACAGAAGGUUGGUGUAUACCUGCAGACUUGGAAGAGGGGGAUUAUCUGAUGAUGGACCCUGCCUGUAAGGUCAACGAGAAGGGCACCAGGGAAAACAACGAUGGGAAUGAAGUCGUAGAGGAAGGAACAAGUCAACCACUGGACCUGGAUCCAAACGAGGUGAUUGAAGCGGAUGAAGAAACCUUACCCUACGCAGAGGAGGACUGGCAAGACCCCGAACAAAAAGAGGUUCCCAAGAUUUUGGAACCAGAUCUUCCGUUCACAAUACUUUCUCGACAGAAUGACAGGACAAGAGCCAGGAAGAAAAAUAACCCUUACCGCGACGAAUUUGUAGUAGACAGGAUAGAUCUAAAGAAGAUAGUGGAAGAAGUAGUGGGUCUAGAAGAAUUAAAUGUGUCACAGGACAUUGACAUAGUCGAUGAUCACGACGAGGACUGGAUCGAGGACCAGUCGAAACCCGAGGUAGAAUUGGACGAUGAGCAACAGCAAUCCUACGAACAAGAGUUGACGAAUCUGCGGGUCUUGAAGUCGCUGAACAAUAUGACGUCGGACCCAAAGGAGACCAGUGUCACGAUUCAAGAUGUAGAUCGUCAAAGCAUGAAAUACAUGAAAACAGAACGAGAGGAUCCUUCCUGGGCUGUCCAGGAAGGGCGACUACUCAUUCCGGCUUCCAAUCUCGACGUGAUAUCCGGUACGCGAUCGACGGGGACGCCGAUGGAUAUUUUUGCCGGGGAGUGGGGGUAG